GGGGGGCAGGGAGAGAGAGAGGGGCAGAAGUCUGAGGUGUGUGUGUGAGCGUUAAGAGAAGGAAGGGCCCUGCGUUCGUUCUCCUUUCAUUCACCUCCGGCCAAACGCAGGACAUAAACAAGUGAGGAAGAGGAGAAGGAAGGAAAAAGGGCCGACUUCAUUCUCUCUCUCCCUGAAGAGGCAGAGUAAUAGAAUAGUUCAUUCCUCCUGGUUGGCUGAAACCAGGAACAAACUUUUCCUCUCUGCUCCGCGGCCCCUGGAAGCCCCGCCCCCUCAGACAUGACGCUGCUGGCAGCCGAGAGGUCCCUCCUCAUCAGGAACAAGUUCCGCUCAGUGCUGCAGCUGAGGAUUCAGAACAGAAAACAGAACGAGAUCAAUGCAGACUCUGGGUUGAAGACAACCUGUCCUUCUCGGAAAGGAGAGGGAGACCAGAGUGAAGCUCUGCGUCUCCCUGAUGACGGAGCCACUCAGACGUCGCCCCCUAGUGGUUUGCAUACGGAUACUGCAAAAGACAGGAGUGUGUGUGGCGCUCAGAGACGGACUAAGCCUCAGAAGACAAUCAUCCUCAAUGGGAAAGCCCAAUAUCCAACCAGGUCCCAGGAGCAGCAGCACAGACACACACUGCUCCCGGAGAACUGUCCUGUCUUCCUCCCCCUCUCCUCGGAUGUCUUCGAAGAGGACAUCUCCUCCCCCCGCUCCUCUUCCUCCUCCUCCUCCCCCCCUGAACGCCACGCCCUCCGCAGAUCCCCCCCCUUCUCCCCGUCUCCGGGGCUGGCGGGGGACCAGCUGAUGAGUGACGUGUCCCCCGCCGGCACGCCGCCCAGCGCCACCCCCAGCACCACCCCCAGGCAUGCGCAGUCUGGUUUGGCGUUGCUCCCGGCAACUGAGGGCAUCAGCCAGCCAAUAGGCAUAACACUGGGCAAAUCGAACUCCAUGGCAACGCCUGGGAGACCAAACGGGAUGUAUUUGACCUCUCAGCAUUCCUCCCUGCUGCCUAAGACAGCUCAGUCCCCCAGCUCGUCCUGCGCCUCGUCCCGCUCGCCCCCCGUCCCGAGCGCGGGCCACCUUCCCCGUCCUCAGAAACAACAGGAGGCCAAGCCCAAGAUGAGGAAGCUCAAGUACCACCCCUACAUUCCCCCCAACCAGAGGGCCACCGCGGCCUCGGGUGUCGGGGCCCAGAAGAAGCAGCGAUUGUCUCUGGACGCGCCCAGUGGAGACACCGAUCAGAAUGUGAGGUUCUCUGACGCCGUACCCCAGAGCACGCUGGCCGCCCCCACCAAACACCCCCAGUCCCAGGACCCCAGCCCCAGCCUCAAACCGGAGCUCCUGCCUCCCAACCUCGUCGACCUCACGGUGUCAGAGUUGCGGCAGCAGCUGCGUAAGCGGGGCCUCCCCGUCUCUGGCACCAAACCCUCCCUGCUGCAGCGUCUGCAGCCCUUCCAACAGCCCCGCACCUGUCUCACCCCGGCCCCCCUGUGCCAGCUGGGUCCCGGCCUGGAGACCUUUCCCCCCUCGCCCCUGCUGCACCCCGACCUCAGCCCCAGCUCCUGCUCCGGCUCCGGGGCCGACUCGCCCAUCGGCGGCGGGGGCAGCCCCCACCAACAGAGCUUCCUACGGCACAGCAGGGUCCCCGGGGGGGCCGUCCUGGGCUCCCCCAACGGCCUCCCCGAAUCCCGGGUUUCCAGCAGGAUCCUCGACGAAGUCCCCGACGGGUUCUCGGACGUCGUCUCGGUCAGCACGGCCCGCCAACACUGUGGCCCGAGCGGCACCGCCGUGGUCUUCAUGGACCCCGCCACCGUCCCCUCGGAGACCCCCAGCCCCAGCCUACCGCUGUCCUCCUCCUCCUCCUCGGCCCCCUCGCCCCUGCAGAGCCACGCCUCGUGGAGGACGGAGCAGGAGCUGCACCGCCACGAGCUGAACGUGGUGUGUGAGAUCAGGGAGAGGAUACGCCACCGGCCCAGGGACCGCAGCGGCGGCGCAGACAACAACAACAACAACAACAACAACAACAACAACAACAACAUCAACAGCAACGCGUUUUGUGGAGGACCUCUCCAUCCGUUCCUGCAACAGGAUUCAAGAUGCAGAGGGAAGCUGGAGGCAGACGGAAUGCCCGAGGUUUUAUUUACCCAGGUGUUCUGCUGCCAGCCCUGCGAGGCCAUCAGCCAGGACCUGGAGCUGCCGGUGCAGAUCACGGCCAGCCCCGCCCAGUCCUCCCCGGGCGUCCGCAGCCUGGAGGAGGAGCUGCAGGAGGCCAUCCAGAGAGCGCAGAUGGACCCAAGCGAGUCCAUCGAUGACAUUCUGGAUGAGCCGGUCACUUGUUUGGGGUCUGUGGCUCCCGCUGAACUCAAACCCUCUGAGCACUUGGCUCCCGGCCCCCCCGAAUCCCCCCACGGGGACCAGCUCCCACCGCCUUCCCAACGCGACGACGAGGACAACUUCCUGUCCUCGCCGCUGUGCUCCUCGCUCCUCCUGGAGCUGCCGCCAUCUCCGGCCACGACGGCGUUGAGUCACAUGACCUUGGCUCCUCCCCCGACCAUCCUCUGCUCCUCCCCGCUGCCGCCCACCGGGUCGUCACGGAAACGGAAGGCGGCUUCCACCCUGGAUGCGGCCGAUUGGCUGGAGAUGUUGACAUUUGGCUUCCGCCCGCUCACGCCCCCUUCCGCUCCGUUUGUGGAGACGGAUUUCGGUCUGGAUUCCGAUCUGAACGUUAACAGGGUUUUGGAUCUCAUGAUAGAACAGUGGUGAGGCGUGUGUGUGUGUGUGUCUGUCUAUGUGUGUGUGUCUGUGUGUUUCGCGAAUGCUCUGUAUGUGUAGGUGUACGUGUCGUUGGUUCUCCUGGUCGUGAUUGGAACACAGAAUACACUCACCAAUGUUAUUUCUUCAAACAUUGAUCUGGUCCUCCUUUACUCCGUUCAUGUGUUAAAUUCAUCCAUCAUCCAUCCAUCAUCCAUCCAUCCAUCAUCCAUCCAUCCAUCAUCCAUUCAUUCCUCAUUCAUUCAUUCAUCUGGUUCUACGCAAUGUCGGGGGCCAAACUCAUUGUAGUGAUGAAAUGAUAUAUUGAGCAAAAAACAAUAACACACACACACACAAAUUAACACACAUACAUACAAACCCUCACACACACACUGACACACACACACACACACACACACACACACGCACACACGCACACACGCACGCACACACGCACGCACUCACGCACCCACACGCACGCACACACACACACACACACACACACACACACACACACACACACACACACACACACACACACACACACACACACACACACACACACACACACACACACACACACACACACACACACACACACACACUUACUUACACAGGCAAACACCCACAUGAUUCGGUUGAAAAGCAUUUGUGUUGGACCAGAAAAGACAAACAAACAUGCCUUUGUGGACUGACACACUUCACAGCACAAUGUUUGCAGUGAAAAAAAUAGACUGAAUUUCCAGUGAAACAUGGUUCCAUUCACUGCCUGGAGGGGCUGUAUUCUGACAUAGCUCCAAAACCUGCUGUCCAGCCCCACCUGAGAGUCUGUAGACGAGAUGGAGCCUUCUUCACACUUUAACCAUUGUCCCAGAACGCAGGCUAGCGGAAAGCUGAAACACGCUUCAAACAUGCUCUUUGUGUGUGUGUGUGUGUGAACAUGGGCGUAUGUCUAUGUUUGUGUGUGCUUGUGUGUGCACUUGUGCUUUCAAGUGAGUGGACGUGCGUGUGUGUGUGUGUGUGUGUAUACACAUGUGCAGUGUAGCACUAACUAUGUUUUUGGCUGCAUACUUAAAGUUCCAUUGUUUUUUAUGUGUUCGAUCACAUAAUGCUUCCAUAAUAGACUGCAUUUAUCUGCUUAUUGUCAAAAUGCACUUCUAGCUUUUUGUUCCUGUAUGUCUAGCAGUGUAACGGUGUAUGUAGAUGUGUGCGUUUGAUCAGGAUAAGAGAUGUGAGAGAGGAGGAGGGAGAUGGGAUGCGACUGAUGGCAAACUGGCCCUGGUUUCUGUUUCCACAUCGUUUAUCUAUUGUCAUUGUGGCCUUAAUGGCAGCAGUCAGAAAGGGCCUUCAUAGUUGUCUGAUGCAAUUUACCAGUACAAUCCAGGCCUUGUGUGUGAGUGCCUUCUCCAAGUCACUAGUAUUGAAGAGCCAUAAUGCAAAAACACUGAAUCGACUGCCAAUGCACACAUACAUGCAGAACAGGUGGUCAGUUAGUUCCAUCAUUAUCCCCCGUAGUGCAGCCACUGCUGGGAGCUGUUCCUCCAGUCCCUGGUUUACUGCUCUUUAAAAUCAACUGCCAAGGUCACAGCUGCUCAGUUCAUUUACUUUAUGAAGGUAUUAGCAGCCAAAGUAACACUGCUCUGUUAAUCACAGAUGUCAACAUUUUGCUUUUAAUGACAACAAAUGUACGGCAUUGGCUGUGCCACAAGAAAGCUGUUUCAGAUUCUCUUCGCUGUCCCCAGGACCCGAGCCUUAAUAAGAGAAGUGAUGCUGCGUGGCCGGGUUAAACGGUGGUGGAGCCGUCAUGAUAACCCGUCUCUCUCCUCGCUCUCUGUCACCGAUCCGUCAUGGUGAACUGUUGAUUUGCAUAAUGCAUAUUCAGUGAGUCAUGCCUAUACUCUCCAUGUAAAUACAUAUUGUACAUUUUUACCCGCUCACCCUCCUCUCAGACAAAAAACAGGUCAGCCAAACGACCCGGAUUGAUGACAGCACUGGCACCAUUAACCUUCGCUUUACAGGAAUAAUGUAAUCAGAUCAAAGAUCUCAUUUACAUAUCAUUACCAUGUCACCAUAAUUGGCAACCUGAGCUGUCAGUCAUGUGCUGAGGGUUCAAUAGAAGUCAAUGAUACGGUACGGUAGGGAGGGACUCGUAUCGAACGGUGGCCCGGCUGAUAUCUGACCGGCUGAACCGUCCUUUAAGACCAGUAGACGCUGCUAACUGGGAUCCCCCUCUGGUCCCGACGCUGCCCAGUACACUGUAUGUUAUGUGCAAUAUGCUCUGUGUGUGAAGUCUUCAGAGAACCACGAGCCCCCCACCAAGUCUUUAUUGCCAAGACUUUCUCCUGGUGGCCGUGGCAGAGAAUAAACUUAAAUCCAGUACUUAUGCUUAGUAAUUACGUUGAGGCGUUUCCCAUGCAUUUUGUAGAUGUAAACUGUUCAAAUAGAAAGAAAGUAGUGCGGUGGCGCAGGGCGGAGGGAUCUCUCUGAUAAUCAGUGUGAUCCGCCCGCUCUGCUCCACCGCAUAAUGCACCAUGUGGUACAACAUGGGAACACCACGGCCCGGCAGGAGAGUAACAUGCUACCUCCUGUGGCCCCGAUGCUUGAGGCCCUCACUAGUGCCUGUCGUCGUGUCGACCCCGCCUCCCUCCCCGUUGGUACAACAAUUCCUUGUCAGGGAAGCGGGCCGGCCACUUGAACCGUGUAUUUGUCUAUUUAUUGUGUAAGUUAUUCAUGCAAAAACCUUCCCAUUUCUUUGUUGAAAUGCCCCUUAAAAAAACAUGAACAAAAAUAAAGUCUUAAUAGAUUUUCCUUCUGGUUAUGCGCAUGUGAUUUUAAGAGUACCAUUUCACAAGUUUGUUACUUUGCCAAUGCUUCUGUCCAGAGUGCCUCACAGUGAUUUCAGAUCAUCACAGCCUUAAAGAGCAGGUAGGGGUUACAAUCCUGCUAUUGGAUGACUUGAGGACAUAGGGGUCUCCUUCAAACAGACCCUAAACAUGCAUUUAAACUGUUGUUUCAAUUAAAUUUAACCUUUAGAUGCAAUCACAUCCCAGAUGAAACAAUCACUCAUUUAGAUCAAAAUAUGUUCCAAUUUUGGUGAAUGAGCAGAUUGAAUAUGCAUAAUCACAGAUUACACUUUUUGGAGGCACUUUGAUGAAAUAGCCCUGAUCAAAUUGCAAUUUUCCAGCUCUGAUUUCUAGAAUGAAACAGGGCAAUCAAAACAAACAAGAAAUAUAAACAAACUGAAUAGACGCUUUGGUAAAGUUAAUGCGAAUGGUAAUCAGUGAGUUAAGCAUGUCAUUACCGCUACUUUUCCUCCUUUACAACGCCCAAAGUAUCCCUUAGUAUUUCAAAAUGUUCUACUUCAUCUGUCUAUAUUGUAUGUACUCUUUGCAGUGCUCAGUGCUAGGAGCUCAUGACUAAAGCCCACCGGGAUCCACCGCCACAACAUCAGCACCCAAUCCAGAGCUGCAGUGCUUCACCCACAGUAGCUCACCUUCUCUUACCGUCGACCGGUCUUUUCUCAACCUAUUCCAGGCUUAAUGGCUCGAUCAUUCCAAUCAGCGUUAUAACUCAAGUAAUUACAUACGAGCCAAACAUAAUAGCAGCUUGGCUGAUGAUUUCAUUAAUUUAAAACAAACAGUAAUUGGUCCGAGGAUCUUUGUCCAUAUGCUGUUCCCAUCACCGCCAUGUGAGGACCCGUCUCACCCGGCUCCUGUUCCCAGACGGCGAUGGGAGCCCCGCAGUGUGCCCUCUCUCAGCACGUCAAAGCACAGUGUGUGACUGGGUGGUUUGAAUUAAAAAAGAAGACCCCUGAAUCCACACUAAAAUUAGGAGGCCC